UGUCAUAUUGGUGCAUUGUAAAACGAGAUCACUGUUUUGUGAUCAAAAAAGUAACAUGGGAUAUAACGCGAGGGCCAUCUCUGGGCCGCUAUUAUUUCUUUUAUUUAUCAGUGUGAUUCACAUAAGACAUGCGGAUGCCGAUGCAGCAUUAUCUUUUGUUCCAACAAAAAAUGGCAUCAAAUUAAGUCUCUCCAGAGGCGACACCGAGAAACUUGUCGGCACGAUUGGACUAGGUUACGAUUUUACUGCUGUAAAAUGUAUCGGCAGGGCCAACUGCACCAUAGGCGACACAGUUUUAGAUGUGACGUUCACCGCUGAAGGCUUCGAAAUCACGUGGACUAGCGAAUCAUCUAACAAUAAAGAAUUCAAGGACUGCUUCGACCUGAAAAAAGGAGAACUGAACUGGUACGGAGGUCCUGAGAGAUGGAGUCAAAAGUGGCCUGUUGAAAAACUCACCAUUGACAAGAACGACCCGUACGUUAUCAAGAAAAGCGACAACUUUGCCGUAGCCGAAAGGUACUGGUUGAAUUCCUUGGGUGCUUAUAUUUUCUUGGACGAUAGGGUACCGCUGUACGUAGAUCAAAAUUUUAGCGAAGAUGGAAAAGUUUGUUUCACGGCUAAUUUGACUGGACCGUAUAUUAAUAGGACAAGGACGAUUUUGAAAUAUGCCAUAGUUGCACUUGAUAAUCCAAAAGAGGCUCAUCUCCAUGCCAUCAAUAAUUACUUGGGAAAACCUUCGGGAUAUCCCGACGAAAGAAUGGUUAGGGAACCAAUAUGGACGACAUGGGCUAAGUACAAGAGAGACAUCACUGAUGAAACUGUUCUCGAGUUUGCCCAAGAUAUAUUGGACCAUGGAUUCGAUGGAGGUCAAUUAGAAAUUGACGAUGACUGGGAGAGGUGUUACGGAGCUCAAGAAUUUAAAAGUACCCAAUUUGCAGACAUCAAAAAUACGGUCAGCAAGUUGAAGCAGAUGAACUUCAGGGUUUCCCUGUGGGUUCAUCCUUUCGUCAAUAGCGAUUGCGAAAGUGUAGCGUCAUAUGGAGUCGAAAAGGAUUUCUUUGUAAAGAAUACCACUGGACACUCAAAAGGGGUUUGGUGGAACGGGCUUUCAGCAUAUCAAAUCGACUUUACGAAUCCUCACGCAGCGAGAUGGUACGCCGCCAGACUCAACAAACUUAGGUACUCUCCAGGAAUAGACAGUUUCAAAUUUGAUGCCGGAGAAGUCGAUUAUUCUCCACAGCCAGCCACUUAUCCAAAUGUUGACCAAGAACUGAUACCAAACAUUCUUACUGGAAGCUAUAUAAGACACUGUUCUAAAUUUGGGAGGCUCAUUGAAGCUAGAUCUGCUUGGAGAACCCAAGACUUGCCAGUGUUUACUAGGAUGAUUGAUAAGGACUCCAGUUGGACUUUAGAUAACGGCUUAUAUUCGCUUAUCACAACUUUACUGCAAAUGAACAUGAACGGUUAUCCAUUUGUCUUACCCGAUAUGAUUGGAGGUAAUGGCUACAACUACAAUCCAACCGUAGAACUGAUCAUCCGUUGGACCCAGGCCAACGUAUUCAUGCCAUCUAUGCAAUUCAGUUAUCUGCCUUGGGACGUCGCUAGUAAUGAGACAAGUUCGGCCGAUAUUGUAAAAAAAUUCGUGGACCUGCACAAAAAUUAUUCCGCACAAAUUAUAGAAGCUAUGCAGGCCAGUGUAAAGAAUGGAAGUCCUGUAAAUCCUCCCAUAUGGUGGAUUGAUCCCACAGAUCCCAUUGCGUUAGCUACAGAUGAUGAAUUUCUUCUUGGUGAGAAUAUACUUGUGGCACCGGUGAUAACAGAAGGAGCAACAUCAAAAAAUGUUUAUCUGCCAAAAGGUACAUGGAAAGAUGGCAACAGCGACGCGACGUACGAAGGACCGACCUCUAUUAAAGAUUAUCCUGCACCCCUUGAUACUUUGCCGUAUUUUAUAAAACAAUAAAUAAAUAUAUUUAAUUUGAAGUAUGUUGGUGUGACGUUCAUGGAAAUAAAAUUGAAUAUUUAAACUUU